AACAUUGGAUUGCUACGUUUUAUAAUUCCCAUAUUUCGUUAACGCCGGACAUCCAUAUAAAUCGCUAUAAACACUGUGCGCAACCUUUAGCCUCCUCUUCUGACGUCAUCAAUAUGGCCGAGAACAACUCCAGCGGCAUCGAGAAAGGCGCAAAUGGUGAUGCGACAGUUCCCGAGUCGCAACCCAGCAUUCCACCAGCUGCUAAAGGCCCCGUAGAUGCAGGAGAAGAUUCCACAAAACCGUCAAUUACGACAGAGACCGCGAAACAGCCCACGACUGAAACUACGACUGAUACCGCGGCCAUUGCGCCUAGCUCCGAACCGGAGGCGCAAAAAGAUGUUACCGGCACCGCGACUCUUUCAAAGGAAGAGUUGACUGCGAAGCUUGACGAGGCUCAGACAUUAGCUUCUCAGCCAGAAAAACCGGUCGAUUCUACCACCGCCCAGACUACUACGGACACCGCGGCAGCCGAAGCCCCGUCACUUACUAAUGGUGAAGCCAAGGAGCCUCCAAAGCCGGUUACCGUUGAAGAAAUUCAUGAUCAGGAUAUGCCGGAUGCUGCUCCACCUCAACCUACUGAGAUGACAGGGGCACUUCCUGUUGAUGAACCGGCGAAGGACGCGCCGAAAGUCGACGAUGAGCCUAAGAUUGAUGCUGUUCCAGCUCCCUCUGAGACAGGCAAGUCGGAAGUUAGCACCGGAGAUAAGCGUAAACUUAGUGAGGCAUCCAUUGACGACGGUGAUGAUGCUGCCGAGAAGCCUGCAGAAGACGCGCCGGUUGAGAAAAAGAAGAAGACUAACGGAACUACUACCAACGGGCCGCCUAAAAAAGUUGGCCGACCUAGGAAAGACAGCAAAGAGAAGAAGGCAGUCCCGUCUACAGGAAGAACCGCAAGAAAAACGCGAAGUCAGGGAGCGGCCGAGUGAAUCAGUUGUGAUGGCAUAUGAAGGAUAAAAAUUAGUUCGUCAUUCCCUCUUUAACAUACAUCGAUUGGUGUUGUUUUCCUUGUCGUAGGUCUAUGGAACCGAAUACUGGGCGGGCGCUGUGUGGGAGUCACGGCUUCUCCGGAAUCAAAAGGCAGGACUUGCAACGUUCAUGCUGUUGUGUACAUAUUCAACAACCCCCGAGGAUUAAAGAAAAAGUGUUAGAUCCGGGAUUUUUCUAACCUAUUGUUUUCGGAAUUACUCUUUCGAUGUUAGCGAACGCUAGGGCCUGUUUUGCUUAUUGCUGGUGAUGUGGACGUCACUGUGUGAUAUGGUAACGUAUGGUCGACUGAUGAUAUGGUACCUGUGGUAGCGUAGCUCAGUUACUUAUAUCCAGCGUUUAGAAGAUAUUAAAAUAAGUCGAUAGAAUGAGCUCAUUGA